AUGUCAGUGAAAAUCUCUCCACCUGGGACAUCUUCUUCAGGAGCCGUGUCUGAGAGGAACGCUGACCCUCCUGAAACUCCUGAGAGUAAAGAGAAGAUAAAACUGCAGCCUCCUCCCUGUGAGCCAGUGAGCCAAGGAGUCCUACAGGGGGUGCUGCAGUCUCACCUGAACCAACAUGACUACCAACAUCCACACAACCUCAACCACAACAACAGUGCCGCCCGAGAGCAGCUCUUACAGAUGCAGGUAAAGCAACUCCAGAAAGCUCUUCACGAACAGAACGCUCUGCUCAACGUCCUGCGCUCAGGUCUGAUGCUGUCCCCGGCUUUCUUAACCCAGUACCAGGCUUAUUCACUUACACAAUGUCCUGAAACAGAUCCAGGUUCUCACACUGAUGCUGUGGUAGACUGCAGGAAAUGUGUUUCCAACACUGUUAUUAUCAGAGCUGGAGUGGAGCAGGAAGUCCCGGCCUCCGGUCCUCAGCUAACACAGUGCACCGAUCAAGCGUCUCUACAGGGAAUCGGCUCAGAGCAGAGAUCUUUAUCUCCUAUAAGGGAGGAGUGGUGUGAGCCGGGGGAGGAAGCGAGCACAUUCAGUCCUUUUGGAGUCAGGAGAAAAGUCUCGGCAAAUCCAGAGGAAAGGCCUAUUCGGCCAGGACUCAAAGAAAUGGAGAAGACUUUUGAAGAUUUUGUUGAAGAGCAGCUUAAACUGGAUAAAGAGGUUCUAAAAAAGGACAAACAGCUCAGAUCCACAGAAAAAAGGAAUUUCCUGCAUAAAGGGGAUGGAAGGUCUAGAAUCAGUAAAGCCAAAGAUAACAUCCAGAAAAUCCAUCCAUCCUCCAAGAAUGCAAAGUCUUUGCAGCUUCAAAAACCCACAACAGCAUCUACUGUCCUGCACAUUGACAAAAACAAAUGGCUAAACGGUAGCCCUCAUGAGAACCUCCUGUCAAUUAGAAAAGGUCAAGCGAAGAAUCUACCGAGGAACAAAGUUUCUCCACACGAUGCCAAACCUCCAGCUGUGGAUCAUGAUAAAAACUCCUCUCAAAAUCUUAAAGAACCUUCAGAGCAGCCAAGUCAAAUAAGUAUCAAGUUACACAAUAGAUGUACUGCGCUUUCUGAUAAAAAAGUUGCACCGAAGCUCCACCUUCUUCAAGAAAGAGUCGGCUUCAAGAAGAUAAACGACCGCAUUGUCAGAGUGUGUGAUCUGGAUGAGGUUACCACCAAGACUCUAUGUUUGAGUACUGAAAUAAAGCAGAUGCUUCUCCAUAAUACUUCUGGUGACAGCACUGGUGCUGAGGAUGAUCCCAAUCCUCCAACACCUUUCAAUCCUUUAAGAAUAAACUCAGAUCGCAAUCUGGAUCUCUCCGAUGAGGACUAUGCCAGCGAUGCUCCAAGUGACGCAGGUCCCAGUGAAUGUCCACAAGCUCCACAUGGCUUUUUAGAUCAACUUUCCAGUUCAUCCGGAUCUGAUGAUGGGAGCAACUCUGAACUACAACAGCUUUGCUGGGCCGAACCUCACAAAACUUCAAUAAAUCCCAAAGAGAAGAUCAGUAGUGAGGCUACACGUGCCUGUGGCAGGAGCUCAGACCUCCUUGCUAGAAUUUUCCCCCAUGUGAAAUCCAAUACGGAAAAAACAGUUUGGGAGAAAGAUUUAAAAACUCAGCAUUCCACAAAUGGACGCAAGCUAGUAAAGAAUGAAACGGAAGCUCCUGGUUUGGAUAUCAGAGAUGGAAGAUGCAAUGGUCUGAUGAUGGACAAGAUGAAAACAGAGCAGGAUAAAGCGCUGAAUUUCAUCAGAUCUGAAAUGGACCGCUUGUGUAAUAACGACACAAACCUCAGCUCAUCGGACCGUGAUCAUACACCGAAAGAGCAUCUAAAUAAAUCGGAGGAUCUCCGAGAGCAAAUCCAGUUUCUGAAGGAGCAGCUGAGAAGAAGAGAUUGCGAGUGGUGGCAGGCUCACGGUGAGCUACAGAGUCAAGUUGAUGCGCUGACUCGAGAGAACGAGGCGCUGAUGAGUCGCUGCGUCGUUCAGGUCAGACCUCAGCGCUCCGGCAGAUCCACACCUCAUCCUGAUGCUCGACACCUGACGAGAAGAAGUUCGGUUGCCGAUCCACAGGAAAAGAACCAACAGAAGAUUUCAAAGAUUUCACUUUCAAGUCGAGACUCUUUGGCGUCUCAGAGUCCAGGGGACAGUGACAUGAUCCUGUACAGCGAGGAUGGAGGAGAGGGCUCGUGCAGGUCUGAAGAGAAGCAGAUCGGGGUUGAGAGCAGGAAUUCAGCACCAAACAGAUUACAGAGUGCUGUGAAAUCUGGCAAAUCUGUAUCAUCAGAGUCUGAUUAUGGAUCCACAGACAUGACUGAGGAUUUGCUCAUUUCCGAGCUGAAAAAUUCCAGCGCUCAAGCAGCCUCUAAAGCUGUAGUUCGAGAGGAAACUCGAUAUCCAGAUGGUAAGGUAGAGCAGCUCCGGUCCGAUGGGUCACGGGUUAUUGUUUUCCGUAACGGAACCAGAAAGGAGAUCGGAGCGGAUCAGAAAUCAAUCAAGGUCACGUUUUCCAAUGGAGACAUCAAACGCAUUCUGGCUGAUGGGACUGUGGUGUACUAUUACUGUGAUGCUCAGACGACUCACUCCACUUACCCGUCUGGCUUAGAGGUUCUGCAGUUUCCAAAUAAGCAAAGAGAGAAGCGCCAUCCUGACGGAACACGAGAAAUCCUUUUCCCUGAUGGUACCGUCAAGAUCAUGCACUCUGACGGUCGACAGGAAAGUUCCUUCCCUGAUGGAACUGUUGUCAAGUUGUCAAGAAAUGGAGAGAAAACUGUGGAGUUCACAAAUGGCCAACGUGAGAUCCAUACGUCACAGUGCAAGCAGAGGAUUUACCCUGAUGGAACUGUCAAAACAGUGUAUUUAAAUGGAAGGCAAGAGACGAAAUUCUCAUCUGGGACGAUUUGCGUUAACACCAAUAAAGACGUCAUAAUGACGGACAGAAAGUGAAAGAAUAUUUGCGUUUCAGAAAUAUUGACACAACAAACAAACCAAUUUCAGAUUGUAUUGUUGAAGCACACACACUUAUACAAAUCAUUUCGAAUAGACAUUCUUUCUCCACAGACUUCAAACAUGGCCGCCGUGGACUGACACACACACACACACACACACACACACACACACACACACACACACACACACACACACACACACACACACACACACACACACACACACACACACAUGUUUUUAGGAGGAAACUAGAGAACCCUGAAGAAACACUCACUGUCAGCCCUGUUCAGGACAAUAUUAUUAAUGUUAGCAUAAACUGUUAUUGUUAGCAUAAAUUAAUAAUGUUAGCCGUGACUGCUUUAGCUCAUAAUAUCAUUCUUUUUCAUGGUAUUCACAAUAUCUUUUAGUUUUUUACUCUUUUUCCUGAAAGGGUGGCUAUAAUUCUGGACAAAGCAUCAUAA